CUAGGUCUUGCAACUAACGAGAAACAGUUGGUGCACAAGAUGCCUACGCAGAGGCGUUGAAGCUGGACCCGAACAACGCCCAAGCUAAAUCUGGCCUGGAUGCCGUCAAGCGUGCUAUCGAUGCGGAGGCCAGAGCAGAUGGCAUUGGCGGAGACCCCACUGGAGGACUAGGAAACAUGUUCAACGACCCACAACUUAUCCAGAAGCUCGCAGCCAACCCGAAGACCAGCGGUCUCCUCGCGGAUCAUUCGUUCAUGGACAAGCUUCAGCGGCUGAAGGCGAAUCCUAACAGCAUCGGAGAGGAAAUGAGGGACCCGCGGUUCUUACAAGUCAUGAGUGUGCUUCUGGGAAUAGACAUGUCGUUCGGUGCGCCACCAGGAGGCGAGGAUGCGCCGUCGGCAGGACGGGCUACUGAGGUAGAAGAAGACGUACCGAUGCGAGAUGCAAAGCCUGAGCCUAAGAGGGCACCGGAACCGGAACCAGAACCAGAAGAUGAGGAGGCCAUUGCGGCAAAGGAGGCCAAGGCAAAGGCCGACGAAGAGAAGAAGUUGGGGACAGAAAACUACAAGAAGCGGAACUUCGAUGCUGCGAUAGAGCAUUAUUCCGCUGCGUGGUCUCUGCAUAAGGACAUUACCUACCUGACUAACCUGGGAGCUGCCAAGUUCGAGAAGGGUGACUACCAAGGAGCGAUCGAGGCAUGCCAACAGGCAAUAGAAUAUGGCAGGGAGGUUCUCGCUGAUUUCAAGAUAAUUGCGAAGUACGUAUACUUAUCUAUCAGGUUUCCUUUUAAUACUAAUAUCACAUAGAGCAUUUGGCCGUAUCGGCUCAGCAUAUGAGAAGCUCGGGGACCUCUCCAACGCCAUUUUGAACUACCAAAAGUCGCUCACAGAACACCGAACCCCUGAUAUCCUCGCCAAACUUCGAGCAGCCGAA